AUGACUGGCCACAUAACCUCAUCUGUGAAGUUCUUUGUCAUGGAAGUGAAAAUCACACUUUUGCUCGCUGCUUCGUUCUUAUUACUCACUAGUCUUGAUUUUACAGCUACAGUUUUGGGAGAGGAAUUCUCAUAUUACAAGUUGGCACUCCAAUGGCCAAAUUCUGUAUGCAAUGUGGGUGUUCCUUGUUCAAAGAAACCCGAGGAGAUUAAAACGGAUUAUCAAAGAUUUUUAAUACACGGACUGUGGCCUUUCUGGCCAAAUAAUUCUGCGCUAGCCCCUUGUCCGGGAAAGGAAUUGACAAGUAGCCAGGUGAAAGGUAUAAAAGAUUCGCUAAAAAAGUAUUGGCCAAACCUUCUUCGCCCAGAUGACUUUAGCUUCUGGAAGUACGAGUGGGCGACACAUGGUAGAUGCCUUGGUCUAGAGCCAUCCGUGUACUUCAAGGAUGCAAUUGAUCUUAGAGAACGCUAUAACGAUUAUCUUGGUUUAGAUGACCAAGGAUGUAGACCGAACCCCAAUCCAUACAAGCGGAUAACUAUCUAUGAUGCAUUGUUUGAAGCACUUGGCAAAAAACAUGGACAAUUGAAAUGCAACAUGAGAAACGGUGGUUAUCAGCUGCUUGAGGUUUAUAUUUGCUUUGACCGUCAAAAGGAGGUUCGUGAUUGUCCAUUUCAGUACAUCCAAUGCGGUAACAAUGAUCAAGUAUCAGUUCUUUUCCCCACCAGCAAUACUGUGCGCCCAAUUAAUGGGUAUGCCUUUUUUUUUUUUUUUCUUUUCUUCUUCUUUGUUGGGUUUUCGUCAUUCCCCAGCCAUUUUCUUAAUGGGAAAUGUUAUUUUAUUUCUAAAAUAUUAUCAUGCUUAGUGAUACUUGUUGAUGGAUGA